UCGCUCCCGCCGGCCGUGCGGAGCCCGGGCCGCCCAGCGCCCUGCGCCCUGCGCCCGCCGGUGCGCUCGGCUGGGGGCCGCGGCCGUCCCUCCGCGCGGCAUGGCGCGGCCCGUGCAGCUGGCGCCGGAGUCGCUGGCGCUGGUGCUGAGCCGGCUGGAGGCGCCGGCGGCGGCGGCGGGGGGCGCGGAGGAGCCCGGCGGGCACGCCGUGUUCCGCGCCUUCCGCCGCGCCAACGCGCGCUGCUUCUGGGACGCGCGGCUGGCGCGCGCCGCCUCGCGGCUGGCCUUCCAGGGCUGGCUGCGCCGCGCCGUGCUGCUGGUGCGCGCGCCCGCCGCCUGCCUGCAGGUGCUGCGCGCCGCCUGGGCCCGCCGCGCGCUGCGCCCGCCGCGCGGCUUCCGCAUCCGCGCCCUGGGUGAUGUCUUUCCAGUGCAAAUGAAUCCAAUAGCCCAAGCACAGUUUGUACCUUUGGCUGAAGUUCUUUGCUGCGCUAUAUCUGACAUGAAUGCUGCUGAGAUUGUAGUAACACAGGAAUCACUGUUGGAGCAUUUGAUGAAACAUUACCCAGGCAUUGCAAUCCCAUCUCAAGAUAUACUCUAUACUGCUCUGGGCACUCUGAUUAAAGAAAGGAAGAUCUAUCACACCGGGGAAGGAUACUUCAUCGUUACUCCUCAGACUUACUUCAUCACAAACACAAACCCCCAAGAACAUAAGAGAGCCCGAUCAGACGAAAGCCGCGAGAUACCUGCUUUCCUCACGUACCUGGUGAGCGUGGAGAGCUGUGCGGAGUUGGCAGAGCUGGCCAGAGAAAACACUGCCCCCGUCUCCCACUGUCCGUCUUGCCAGUGUUUCCCUGAUGGGUGCACUCAGGACCCGCAGGAACCACCAGCCGCUGCAGAACUGACUAGAAAAGGCCAGAAAGGUCUUGGGGAAUCCAGACCUUUGGUACAGAACCGAGCAGUUUCAGCGUCUGAGGAGAAUCCUGUCCCUGAGAGCACCAAGCCUUUACCAUACACAAGAGGCAGAGACAAAGGCAAGAAGUUUGGCUUUAGCCUCUUCUGGCGCAGUAUGUCCAGAAAGGAGAAGUCCAGAAGAGGGCACAGCAGUUUCUCCGCCCAGUUCCCGCCGGAGGAAUGGCCUGUCCGAGAUGAAGAUAACUUGGACAAUAUCCCCCGAGACGUUGAACAUGAGAUCAUCAAACGCAUCAAUCCCGUCCUGACGGUGGACAACUUAAUCAAACAUACCAUCCUGAUGCAAAAAUACGAAGAACAGAAAAAAUACAAUAGCCAGGGCACUUCCACUGAUAUGCUGACAGUCGGGCAUAAAUAUCUUUCAAGAGAGGGAGCUAAGAAAAGGCAGGGCCGGUCUGCAAAGCCUGGAAGGCGGGGCCAUUCUCACAGGGACAGACACAAGGCCAGGAGUCAGGGAAGUGAGCCUCCACCAGGAAGCACUGGACCGGAGAAACACCCCAAACUCCCUGCCACACAGCCCACCCCCAGAAGGAAAAGCCCACAUGAAGCCGUAGUUCAGAAACCACUUGGUGAGACCCCAUCGGAGCGAGGGUCUCAUCUGAUUUACAAAAAGCGAAUCAAUAAUCCUUUCCAGGGUUUGUCUCACCGGAGGAGCCCAAUCACCAAAGGGCGCAGCCACCAGAAGACCAGUGACUUGAAAUCCAGCCAGAGUAGACCAAAGGGCAAGCCUUUCCAAAGGUCAAGGUCUUUAGAUUCCUCACGAAUCCCUGACGGGGAGGCCAAACAGCCACGUCCUGAACAAGGCAAUGAUAAACUGAGGGCAGAACCCACUCAUAUGAGUAACUCUACUGUCAAGCCUGUCAGUGACGAUUUUAGAGAUCACCUCUUACAUUACUCGCAAUGUAGUGUUUUGCAAAAGGAUAGUCGACGCUGUUCCUUUAGGGAAAGCAGGUUGACCUGUGACGUGUAUGGUAGAGAAAACAAAGUAACCCCUGAAGACUUGAGGGAAAGAUAUUCUCUCUCUAACAUGUUAGGGGAGACAACUGACACACGGAAUGUCCUUCCGUCACCGGGUCCCUCCUCUUUAGACCAGGCAUCUUUUGCUCGUAGAUUAGUUGAUAACACAACACACCAAUUCCAAAAUCUUUGUCUUUUGGAUUACCCGCUUGGUGUGGACCACUUGCGUCAACCUGAGCGGCAAGACAGAGACUCAGAGGAAACACGGAGAAGAAAGGCAUUUGUGCAGGAAGCAGAGACCGUGAGUCUAGAAAAUGAGGUGCUUUCUGACGAUGCCCAAGCCUUGUAUCAAAAUAAAGGAGAAGAUGAGGACGGCGCCUGCAGUUCAUUAUAUUUAGAUGAGGAUGACUUUUCCGAGAAUGAUGAUUUGUGUCAAAUGCUGCCCGGCCACAUUGAGUAUUCCUUUUCUGGGAAAAGCCAAUGGAGUCCUUUAGGAAAACAAAAGGUAACCGAGCGAUCUCUGACUGAGUACCACAGCAAAAUGCAGAGGUUUGAGCCUCCAGCGCUGAAAGGAAGUGAAUGCUGCAAGCCUGCGCUGCUCACUAACCCAGGUGUAAGCCAGAAACCUAAUCUCUCUGCUGAAAGCUGUGGCCUCAAUUCAGGGACCCCAUCCGGAAGUAACUAUGAAGAGGAUCCCAGCGUGGCUGAAUGUGUGCAGGCCUCCACAUCUGCUGAGAGAAGCAUAUUUGAUUACUACAGCUCAAGGAAAGCCAGUGCGGAGGCCGAAACCCCACAAGACUGCGUUGACACAGGAAAGAAAGCAGCUUGCUGGUCUCAGAGUGCUCAGAAUCAGGAAAUGAGAAAACAGUUCACACAAAAGUUAGAACUUCUCAACACUACACAUAUGCCAGUGAUGGCUCAGGAUAUCCAGCAUGAACACAGACACUUGGAAGGAACGGAAAAUCAGAGCAUGGCAGGAGAUAGUGGAAUAGAUUCUCCACGGACACAGAGUCUGGCAUCUAAUAAUUCAGUCAUUCUGGAUGGUCUGAAAAGAAGACAGAAUUUUCUGCAGAACUUUGAAGGCACAAAAAGCAGUCAAACACUCACAUCCAAUCCCUUGCUACAGCUAACUCCAGUCAUCAAUGUUUAAUUCUUAUUUUUCUUUUGAACACUUUUUGUAAAAAUGCCCAGCAUCAUAUAGAAUGUUUUAAUCAACUGAGUACAUACGAAUUCUCUAAAGCCGAGAGUAAAUGUUACUAACCUCAUUACACAUUUUGCUCUAGUUGCUGGCUUUUUUUCUUUUUUGACAUUCUAAAGCUUUUUUAAAGCUUAUUUUACUACGAAUUUAUUUGACAUACAUAGUUUGUAAUAAUAAAAAAAAUGGACUCCUUUGUCCUCUUCUAAAUGUAAUCACAUUGAUUUUUCAUUAGUUUCUCAAAUACAGAGGGUGCUAACUCACUACCCAGUUUGCAUUUCUCUAUCCACACCUAAUAUUGAGUUUUUAUGUUAAGUGGAUCUCACCUGAUUGCAUCACAAAAAUCCAGAAUGUAGUGUUUCAGGGUUUCAAAAAUACCUUGUUUACACCUAAAGUCUUAUUGUUAUCUGAAAGGAUUUACCCAAAGAGCUAGGUACUUUGCAGCAGGAAUUCCUACUGCCCAGGACCUUCACUGUGACCAGCUUGAAUAUGAACAAAUAGCUUCACAUUGUGACUGAUUGGCAAUGUCCAAAAUACCUGUGGCAAUAAGCACCUGUCUCCUCCCCACAUUGGAGGCUGUCUCUAUAGCAUGGCAGUGACAAGUCAGGAUGUGCUCAGAUGGUGUGGAGAUAGAAGGGAAGCAGAAUGGUUGCCAAUGGCUUAUGAGUAAAAGGGAGGUUCUGAAUUCUGAAUUAGAGAUUUAGAGAAGAGAAACCAUUUGAUCCAUUUCCACUCAUAAGACCUACAUAACUUUGCCAGAAUUUUUUCUGGAAGGCCUUUCCAGACCACGCAGUGGGAUGGUCAGUUCUCUUCAGUUUGGGGAAUAUGGAGCAGUCAAGACAGGUUUUAUGAAGAUGCUAAUGCUGACUUAUGCUUGAGGAUGUUUCCUUGAGGAGGUUUCUAAAGGUUGUCAAGGCCUUAGAUCUCAAGGUUAACAAAAUAAUGAGAGAGUGUCUCUUUCCAACUUCACUGACCUGGGCGCAGGGAAGGCCAGAUGAAGCUCAGCACUGUGGAGAGGAGUGGAAAUCAUAUGCUACUUGGUUGUGCAGUGGGUGGGCCACUCGGUUCUGACUAUUGGUUUUCAAUAGGCCCUCACCAACCUACCCAAGGUUAGCUGUGGUCACAAUGACAUUUGAAACCCUGAACUAAGUAUCAAGAAGGGUAAUCUUGGUAGAAAAACAUUGUGAGGAGGCAUUGUUUUAGGGAUUCUUGUAGCUUGGAAUUUGCAACAGUGAAUGAAAAUUGGGAGAAAGAUUCAGCUCAAUAUGAAGAACGUCUAUUAGUCAAAACUAUCUGUAGAUGAAAUAGGCAGCUUUGUAAAUGAAUGAAUUUCCCAUUUUUAGGGCAUUCUUAUAGAGGUUUGAUGAUCCCUUGACUGAUAACAUUGCGUAGAUAUUUCCAGUACUCAAUUUAACAGGAUGAUUGAACUAGAUGAUUUUGAAGAUUCCUUUGAACAAUAAGGUUUUGCACUUCAGUGAGGGUUAUAUGUGAAAUAUGUCUCAACUAAAUAAAAAGA